ACCAGUAUAUAAACGGGUAGCUUACGCUAUACCUUCCUUUUUUGGAAUACUUAAGAAUGCAUCAGUCACACACCAUAGGAUCUGCCCUAUGGUUUAUUCUUGUGCAUUCGUGUGUGCUUUUUAGUAAAACAUGUUUGGCUUCAAAUGCAGAAAGCGCACAUCAGGCACACUACUGUAUCCAGUGGCCGGCCAUAGCAGAGAGUCAAUUUGCCCACGAACGUGAUUGGCUCAUUCGUUUUGCCGAGUGGUUACCAGAUGGAAGCAAAAUAUAUAUCUUUAGGGUUAAUUCGUUGAACCUGGAGAAAUUGUUUAUAGAAAAGAGAUCUGAUAACAUGGAUGAUAUCAGAGAUAUCCUGCUGUCUUUAAAACCUGCUGGGAUUGGUCGCGAGGUUUCUGCGGAACAGCUGAAUGCAAAUCUUUUAGAAUGCUUUCCAAAAGCUAAUUCUAGACGCUAUACACCAGACAUGGCCGAAAUAUUUAUGAUAAUUGGACAAACAAAUUUGGAUAUAACGAAUGGUUUUCGGGACACGGAGAUUAAAAUGUAUGCAAUUAUAUUUGGGGAAGUCGUAAAUAAAGAUUGGCUACCGUUUGUUACAGAUGUCAAUCAUGUCAUAUCUGCAUCAAAUGAGGCACUUCUUUAUGAUAGCCUUAUCAAAGAUACAAACAAAAGAUGUCGCAAAUAUGAAUACUACCAAACCUCAAUUCCAAAGGGGUGCACGUCUUGCACCAAUGUUUGUAAUGACGGGCCGCGAUACUACUGCACCUACAAAGGCUUUGAAGAGGAGUGCGAAUAUCUCCUUGACCUCUGGCGAAGACAGGCAAUCACGACAAGUACAACAUCAACUACGCAGUCUUCAAACAUUAAUCAAGAAAAUGGCAGUUCCGGGGGUUCUGAUUCCAAGUCAAAAACUGUCAUUAUAAUGAUAAUAGUCAUUAUAAUUUCGGCGAUAGCGGCGAUUGCAUCGAUUGCGGCUUUUAUUGCAGCUUCCGUGAAGAACGGCAGUACUAUACGCCAAUGGAUAAAAAAUUACAUAACCGUGGACAAAAUGGAUCCGCUGCAUCAAUGGAAUUAGGCGAAGAAACGGUACCUUUAAAUGAAACAGACGAAGGGAAUACUUUAUCGAACAACAACACUAAAAAUGGAACAGAAGCACCAGUGUCUCAGAAUUCAGCUUAUCCAUCAGUUUCGACUUGCAUCAACGUCACUGCCGAUGAUGGUUUAUUGAGGGACAAAGAUGGAAACAUCGCCGUACUUUUAGAUAACAUUCAUAAAGUGGCAGCAAUGGAGGCCUCCGAACGAGUCGAGAAUGUCAAUCCUGUUGACAGCAGGGAGCCAGCAGGAACCCAAGCUUCAGAUUGAUAAUUGUGUGGAGAAUUGUUAGUUUCAAGAUUUCUUACAAACAUAUUAAGAAUUUCAGUUCAAUAUUAUGUCAGUGUAACAAAUUAAAAUGAAUUGAAAGACAAGUUUAAAAUGAUAUAUACAACUUAUCAUUGUAAUUAGUUAAAUUAUUGCACAGACGUAUCAUUUCAAAAAAGCAAUAGUACGAUACAACCGUUGAUAACAUGGGGCAAACAAUUUCUUGUUUUGUCAUACACAUCAAAAUGAAUACCAUUUAUUUGUUCAAUCAUCAUUUGUUUUGUCUUCCAAUUAAGUUAAAGAUAUUGUUCCGAUACGAUACACCACCAACAUUUAAACGAGUUUAUUAGCAGAUUAAAAACCAACUCACAAUGUCAUGCAGUUUACACGUGAAAUAUAUAUUUCAAUAUUCACUGAGCCAUACGAUUACUCUUAAAAGUCUUACAAUGUCACUAAUAUUGUUAUAAAAAUGUAGCAAAUACAAUGUCUUUUGUUAUAAAAAAGUAACAAAUACAAUGUCAUUUGUUAUAAAAGCAUGUAAAUACAAUAUAAUUUGUAAUACAUAACAUGCAAAUACAAUGCCACUAAUAUUGCUAUUAAAAUGUAGCAAAUACAAUGGCAUUUGUUAUAAAAAAAGUAACAAAUACAAUGUCAUUUGUUAUAAAAAGCAUGUAAAUACAAUGUAAUUUGUAAUACAUAACAUGCAAAUACAAUGUCACUAAUAUUGCUAUUAAAAUGUAGCAAAUACAAUGUCAUUUGUUAUAAAAAAGUAACAAAUACAAUGUCAUUUUUUAUAAAAAGCAUGUAAAUACAAUGUAAUUUGUA